CAAUCAUCUUCUUCUUCUUCUUCCUCCUCUGAUUAUUAUUAUUAUUCUCCAGAAAAACCCUAGAAAGCACCACCACCCUCACGAUUAGUCUAUGCCAAGGUGGGUGGUGGGGGAGGCAGUAACCAUCAAAAAGGUCAACCCUUGAAAGCUUAAAACCGAAUCGAAUCGAAUCCACACAAUCGCGAUAGAUUCUGAGGGGGGAAGGGGAUGUCGUCGGAGAUCGAGGUGGUGGAGGAAGUCCAAUCUAAUCACAAGGAGAACGGCGAAUCGAGCUCUAAACCGAUUGAGGACGAGAGUUUGAAGAACGAUGUGUACACUGCCGCUGCGUAUGGUGAUUUGGAGAAGCUUCAUAGAUUGGUUGAGUGUGAGGGUUGCUCUGUUUCUGAGCCCGAUGGUCUUGGCUACUAUGCUCUUCAGUGGUCUGCAUUGAAUAACCGCUCCGCCGUUGCUCAGUACAUUAUCGAGCAUGGUGGAGAUGUACACGCGACGGAUCAUACUGGACAGACUGCAUUGCAUUGGAGUGCUGUUCGUGGUGCUACACAAGUUGCGGAACUCUUACUGCAAGAGGGUGCGAGGGUAGAUGCUACCGAUAUGUAUGGAUAUCAGCCAACACAUGUGGCAGCACAGUAUGGCCAGACUGCUUUUCUCUGCCAUGUCGUCUCAAAGUGGAAUGCUGAUCCUGAUGUGCCUGAUAAUGAUGGAAGAAGCCCCUUGCACUGGGCUGCAUAUAAAGGUUUUGCAGAUUCCAUUCGCCUUCUUUUGUUUUUAGACGCAUAUAGAGGACGGCAGGACAAAGAAGGAUGCACUCCUUUGCACUGGGCUGCCAUUCGAGGUAAUCUGGAGGCUUGCACUGUGUUGGUUCAGGCUGGAAAGAAAGAGGAUUUGAUGAUUACUGACAACACCGGGCUUACACCCGCACAACUUGCUGCUGAAAAGAAUCACCGACAAGUUUCCUUUUUCCUUGGUAAUGCUAGAAGACUGCUUGAAAAGCGGUGUGACGGAAGCACUCCCCUUGGAAAAUUGUCAAAGUUGGGACUUGCUCCUGUUCUUUGGUUCAUGAUCCUGCUGCUUCUGCUCAUAUAUACUAAUUCUGUUAUUUUGGCAUCGAACCUGCCAAAGCUAACAACUGGGAUUGGUUCGCUUGCAUGGCUGGGAUUCAUUAUUGCAACCGCAGGACUAGUUUUGUUUUACCGUUGUAGCAGGAAGGAUCCAGGUUAUAUAAAAAUGAAUAUCCAUGAUCCGCAGACCAUAAAAGAUGAUGAACCACUGUUGAAAAUAGAGCUAAACAACCCUGCUUUGCUUUCUGGGAAUUGGACGCAGCUCUGUGCAACAUGCAAGAUUAUCAGACCUCUUCGAGCUAAGCACUGUUCCACAUGCGAUCGCUGUGUAGAGCAAUUUGAUCACCAUUGUCCUUGGGUAUCAAACUGUGUCGGAAAAAAAAACAAGAGGGAGUUUUUUCUUUUUCUUCUACUUGAAGUUUUAGCGAUGAUGAUAACUGGUGGAGUCACUCUUGCAAGAGUAUUGAGUGACCCUUCAGCUCCAUCUUCGUUUGGAGCAUGGAUAAGCCAUGUCGCCACUAAUCACGUCGGUGCAUUAUCCUUUCUGAUUGUUGAAUUCUGCCUCUUCUUUUCAGUUGCCGUCUUAACCGUCAUACAGGGGUCUCAGAUAUCUAGAAAUAUAACAACAAAUGAAAUGGCUAAUGCACUGCGCUACAGCUACCUCAGAGGUCCAGGAGGUCGGUUCAGGAAUCCAUACGAUCUCGGUUACAAGAGAAACUGCUCGGAUUUCUUGUUGAAAGGUUAUAACGAAGAUAUUGAGUGUCAAGAAGAAGACUCAACACCGAGACAAGAGGGUAUUAGUAUGAUGCAGAUGCAGCGAAGUUCCAAUCUUCAAAACGGCAAUGGCCACGUUGCUAUAGAUGUUAACCCAAUACACAAUUCGCAGUCAGGACAUGUUCAUUCUUCCAAGUGCAGCCAUGGCCAUAGCAGUAAACCAAAGAGUGAUAGUGUUCCUUUGGGUUUGGGACUUGGUCUUGGCCGGAACCCCACCCGAGCUGUUGUACCUCCAUGAUAUGGUCGUCUCCUUCUUCAAAUGUGCAUUUGUGUUGUAAGAAACACGUCGAGUCAUUGUAACACCCUAUUUCUGGUGAAGAUAGCAGUUUAACAGAAAUGGUUGUACGUUAUUUAUUUACUUAGUUGGGUUAUGGAAGCUUUGUAUCCACGUAUAGUUUGAUAAUCCUUGCUUUUUGAAAUCAUAACCAGAUGUAAAUUAA